AUGGCUGAUGUCACAGCGCGCUUCCAUGACCAAAUUUGGGAUGGAGGGCGGUCCAUACGGUCUAUUGUGACAUGGGCACUUGCUCGACUUGGUUAUGACACUAGUGAGGAAGAAAGGUCCCCGCAGCGGGCUGUGCGGCUGCAGGUGACCACGGUGCCCUCCUCCACGGCCCACGUGGGCUCGGGGGCCCUGCUGCAGUGCCGGUUCGAUGUCGGGGGGCCCGUGGCCCUGGACUCCCUGCGGGUGACGUGGUAUUUCUGGGAGGAGAAGUUGGCCUGGUACGACCAGGGCAGCAGAAAAGCCCUGCACAAAGCCAGCCUGCCAUCAGAGAAGGAGCUGCAGAGCGGAGACGCCUCCCUGUCGCUGGCUGCGGUGACCGUGCCCGACGGGGGCUUGUACCGGUGUGUUGUGGGGUAUGGGACGCAGCAGCACAAGGGGGAGACCAUCCUGCGCCUGCUCGCUGCCCCGACGAUCUCCAUCCCAAGAAAACCAGCCCUGGCCAAUGCUGAGACCUCCCUCCUGUGCCACGUGGGGCGGUUCUUCCCUGAGGACGUGGACGUGGCGUGGAUGAGAGACGGGCAGGUCCUGAACGCCUCCAUCCGCUCCAGCCCCCAGAGGAACGCGGAUGGGACCUUCAACCUCACCCUCACUUACACCUUCACCCCCGCCCGCAGCGACGCCGGCAGUGUCUUCUUCUCUCCCGCGUCCUGCGUGUCAUGUGCUUGGCCCCCAGGCUGGGCCGUCUCCUACAAUGUCUCAGAGGUGGAGGGGCCGGAGCGGUGCCUGCUGGGCCAGGAGGGGACCCUGCGCUGCUCCAUGGAGGGGACAUUUCCAAAAGAUACAGUCAUGAAGUGGGGGCUGAUCCACAGCGAGGACAGAAUGGCAUUUGAGAGCAACAUGGACCAGGAGAGCCCCGAGCACCAGCCGCUGCUCCCCGCCCUCGCCCCGGGCUGGAGAGUGACCGAGGAGAGAGCUGGGACCCGCCUCACGUCCUCCCUGACCUUCACCCCCACGCUGCAGGACGACGGGGCGCGGGUCCGGUGCGUCUUCCUCCACGAGGCCAAACAGAUCAGAGAGGAGCGAGUGUCCCCGGAGAUCCGGGUGUGGGCCCGGCCGCAGGUGUCUGAGAUCCAGGUGUUGCCGGAGUGGGACCCCCGCGACAAGGUGCCGUUUGCUGUCCAGCUCCACAACUUCUACCCCAGGGAGGUGCCCGUGAUCCAGUGGGGCUGGGACGGGGCCGGGAGCUGGAGGGAAGACCCCGCACAGAUAGACAAGAACACGGACAGCACAUUCACCGCGACGAGCGUCUGGAGAGUGCCCAGCCGGAGCCUGAUGCAGUGGGGCUGGGGCGGGGCCGGGAGCUGGAGGGAAGACCCCGCACAGAUAGACAAGAACACGGACAGCACAUUCACCGCGACGAGCGUCUGGAGAGUGCCCAGCCGGAGCCUGACCCGGCCGGAGCUGCGAGUGCAAGUGUGCGUCCAGCACAGCCCCGGAGAGCCCCCGAGCGAGAGAGAGCUCAGCCUGAGGGACGCGGGUCUCCUGCGGCCCCCGGACGUGUCCGAAAUCUCCCAGCCUGAGUCCGUGGCCACGGGGAAGGGAGUCACCCUGAGCUGCCGCAUUGCGGGGCAUUUCCCGGGGGAGCUGAGCGUGACCUGGCUGCGGAGGGGCAAGGGGGAGGACACUGCUGUGAUCCUGCGGGACUCGGCUGAGUGCAGGGUGGAGCCCGGCACGGCCGUCCUGGCACGGGACGGGAAGAGCUUCCAGCAGGAGACCAGACUCGUCCUCUUGGCACCAAAGAAGGAAAAAAAGUACAUCUGCCGUGUGGGACACCUCGCCCUGGAGACCCCCAUCGAGAGGAGCACUGCUGCAGACCCCACAUCCUGAGGAGCCGGCUUCAGCCUGGCACCUGCACCACCCCACCCGCCACCCGUGCCCCGCCCGUGGGUGCAGCCUGCCGCCCUGCCCCGGGCACGCGGACGUCC